CCCGGCCCGGCCCGGCCGGCACUCGGCGCCCGCCAUGGCGGGGCUGGGGCAGCAGGGUGCGGGGACGCCGCCGCUGCUGGUGAAAAUCGUGAUGGCUGGGGAGGCCUGCGUGGGGAAGACCUCUAUCGUGCGAAGGUACACGGAGCCCGGCUCGCCACCCGCCGGGGCUACCACUUCCUCCUACUUGGCCACGAUCGGCAUUGAUUUUAAAGUAAAGCCAGUAAUAUGUAAUGGUACAAGAGUGAAACUUCAAAUAUGGGAUACUGCUGGCCAGGAACGAUUCCAUACACUCAGUACUAGCUACUUUCGUGGCGCACAGGGCUUUGUUCUUGUAUAUGACAUAACAAAUCUGGACAGUUUUCAAAAUAUAACAAGCUGGAUGAAAGACAUACAUGAGAAAGCAGGUGAUGAAGUGGACGUAAUACUGUUGGGCAACAAGUGUGAUAAGGAAUCAGAACGUGUAGUUCCAAAACAAAAAGGAGAAAAGCUUGCUUGGGAACAUGGAAUACCCUUUUUUGAAACGAGCGCUAAAGAUAAUGUGAACAUUGAGGAUGCAUUCUCAGUCUUGACUGAGGACAUACUGGAAAAGAAAUCCUGUGUAUUAUAUGACUUAGAUGUUGUGGCUGUAAAUGAAAGUAAGAAGAGAGCCUGCUGUGCAUUCUGAAAUAUUGUUUCUUAUUCCGUUUUCUUUUCAGAAAAUGUGAACUAUUGCAAAGGAACACAUCACAUUUUCAAAGUGAGCCUGUAAUCCCAAAAAGACAGUAUUUAGGCAUCCUUUGUAUUACACAACUUUGUUGCCAAAUGUUUUUAUAUGUUUCUAUUAUAUUUUCAUAUGUUUAAUGGAAGUUAAAACAAUUAUCUGACUUUGGAAUUAUUAGAUGCAUCACAGGGUGACUGCAUUUGCAUACAAAUGUUUUGCGGAAGUGAAAUGUAAGUGUACUAAUUUUCUCUUAUUAAAAAAAUUUCCCUUGACUUUUUCUGUGUUACUUACACCAGAUUUGUAACUUAAUGACCAUGGACAUCGUCACACAGUCAACCUCUGAUAUAUGAAAUCACUUAUGCUAUCCCCCAGGUAACAUUUCUUUAAGUAGCUGAUAUUUACUGUAGUCCCCUAAGAUAAUUUUCUGGCAACUUGUGACUGUUUCUUUUAUAUCCAUCUCAGAAACAUGUAUUUGAUACUUGAACACCCUUGAACAGGGAGGCUGGAAAGGUGAGGGCUGAGAGAAAGGGGUAAGCCAUGUACGAUAUCAGUAUGUUGCUGAACUUUUCUUAGAAGACAGAAAACAUGGAACAGCAGAAUGCAUCCAGAAAUAAUUAUCUUGCUAAUAAAACUUUUAUUGUUCCAGAAAAGAACUCAAGCAAGUGUUAGCAGCAUACCUGCAUUUUCAAAUCUUCCUUUAAACGAUCACAAUAUUGAAAGGGUAUGCAGUACUUGUUUGAUAUUAUGAAAUACUUCUGUUAUAUUCUUAAAGUAUCUGAUUCCACUCAUUUACAUAUGUUUUAUAGUGGUACGUAAUACCUUUCAUUUCAGUGGAGGACACCAGAUUUUUAAAUUUAGGUGAGGGCAGAAUCAGGAUGCCAGUUUCUUUGUAUUUUAUCAGAAGCAAAAAUGACACAAAUGAAACCUGAAGGACACAUCCAAAGCAAGUACAGGUUGGGAAAUCUGAAGAGUUGUGGUGAUUAUAUUGGGGUGGGUUUUUUUGCCUGGGAGACGUGGUUCUUUCUGAUUAUUAAUUAUCACCAUUUGUGAAUGAAUAAUCCUACGGUGCAGAAUCGUGUUGUGAACUAUCCCAGCACAUCCAGAAUAACCAACUCCACUAGCUUAUUGUUCUGGAAUGUCAGUACUCUCCUGAAAUACACCUGCUGCUUUUUUCGAGGGCUGUUUGCAGAUUGUCACAAUACCACGUUGUUAUUAACAUUCAUUAUUGAGACAGUGAGCUCAACUGGAAAAUGCUUUCUGGAGCACACAGAACCUAAUGUGCCUCAGCAUGCUUCUAGGCCACGGUGCCACUAGGCCAUUGAGCAUGUUUGCAGCAGGGGUGCAAAGGGAUGGGCAGGGCUACAUAUUUUCAGCCACUCCUGGCUACUCAUCACAGCCACUCACUUAAACUAGUGUUCAGAGCAAAAUCUGGAUCUUAGAAUCAUUCUCUAAUGAUUCUUGGAGAUAAUCAAUAUCAGCUCUAACACUGCUUGAACCCUAAGCGAGUUUCAU